ACUAUGUUCGUGAAACACCUCAAGACAUCCAUAAAAUCAAAAGAAACAUAGACCCUAAUUUACACCCUUUUGAAAAAGCUCGUGAAUAUACAAGAGCACUUAAUGCUGUCAAAUUAGAACGACUGUUUGCUAAACCUUUUGUUAAUGCUUUGAGUGGUCAUGUAGAUGGUGUCUACUGUAUAGCUAAACAUCCUCUAAAAUUAACUACAAUUAUAUCCGGUAGUGGUGAUGGAGAAUUAAGAAUUUGGAAUUUAUCUGAACAAACUACUAUUUGGAAAGUUUCCGGACACAAGGGCAUCGUCAAAGGUGUUUGUUGUGGUCCAACAAAAAGUAAUUUUUAUUACUCUUGUGGGACGGAUAAAACUGUAAAAAUUUGGAAUCCUGAUGAACUUAAUGAUGAG